UCCCUCUCUGCGCCUUGCGACCGUAACAGCCGCACUUCCCAGCUCCGCUUCUUACCAUCAUUACCACCGCGAUCUUAAACCUGCUCGCCAGCGCGCCAUGUCCUAAAUCUCAAACUCCUCCCGGAUUAGUGUUUCGAUUUCAAGUGGCACUUUUGCACACAGGGUUAUACACUUAAAACUUCUUUUUUUUCACAGGUGACCAUGGCCGCACCGGCUGCUCUGAUUUCCCCGACUCCCUUGGCGCUUACUCCUCCGAUCUCAACUUCCACCUUGCCGUCUCCAUCUCCUACCGUCGCUCCUCCCGGACAUCAGUUCCGAUCAGAGCUUACUACCAUCGCCGGCAGCUCCCAAGCCGGCAAACCGGUGUACUCGACUCCAUCUCCCGUUGAAAAUACCCCACAGAACAACGAGUGCAAAAUGGUAGAAAUGAGAGGAGCAAAGGUUGCAUCUUUCACGGUGGAGGGCUGCGAGCUCAUCUGUCUGCCCCAGGCUUUCGACCUGUUUCUCAAGCACCUGGUCGGCGGGCUGCACACCGUCUACACCAAGCUGAAGAGGCUGGAGAUCACGCCCGUGGUCUGCAACGUGGAGCAGGUGCGCGUCCUGCGCGGACUCGGAGCCAUUCAGCCGGGAGUCAAUCGCUGCAAACUCAUCUCUAGGAAAGACUUCGAGAUCCUUUAUAACGACUGCACGAAUGCCAGUUCCAGACCGGGAAGGCCCCCAAAAAGGUCACAAAGUGUCUCAUCCCAAGAGAGUCCGCAUAUCAUGCUGAACUCGGUACCCAGCCUUAUGUCACCAGCUGUCAUUCCACCCGCAGGUCUCACAGCUUCAGCUGCCACUAGUGCGGUAAUCUCUGAAGCCAUGAAAGUAAAGAAGAUCAAGCUGGAGAUCAUGAGCAGCUACCAGAGUGGCGGUAAAUACCAUGGUGCCGACUCCGAGAACGGGGACCUCAGCUCCAGUGUUGGACUGGAGCACCCCUUCAUGAUGAUGCCCCACCCUCUCAUCCCUGUCAGCCUGCCUCCGGCUUCCGUCGCCAUGGCGAUGAGUCAGAUGAACCAUCUCAACACCAUUGCUAAUAUGGCUGCAGCUGCUCAGGCACAGAGUGCACCGUGCAGGAUGGUCACGUCUGUGAUAAAGGAACGCACCCCAGGUAGUCCAUCUCCCGCCCCCUCCAUGGAAGAGAGAAAGAGGCCGGGCAGCCAGGCGUCCUCUCACCAGAGCACGAGUGUGUCCACCUCCCCCGCCCAUACAGAGAGCUCCUCCGACCGAAUCCCUGCACAUCAGAAUGGACUCUCCAUGAACCAUGUGCUUCUAAGACUGUCUCCAAGCGUCGUCCCAAUGCCAAAGGAAGGAGAUCUGGCCACUCACAAUGCCGGACAAGAGAAAGUAACCGAAACUGAAAAAGGCUAUGAUGAGGCUCCCCUGUGUGCUCCGGAGGUGAGGGACUGCUAUGACAGGCUGUGUCUACCUGGACAGGCACUACCCCCCGGCUUCCCCUCCCCCCUCAUCUGUCCCGACGGCCUGUCCUCCAUCGAGACACUACUAACAAACAUACAGGGGCUUCUGAAGGUCGCCAUUGACAGUGCGCGAGCGCAAGAAAAGCAGGUGCAGCUGGAGAAGACUGAGCUGAAGAUGGAGCUGUAUCGAGAAAGGGAGCUUCGGGAGACACUGGAGAAACAUUUGGCAGUGGAGCAGAAAAACAGAGCGAUCCUUCAUAAACGCUUAAAAAAGGAGAAAAAGACAAAGAGGAAGCUACAGGAAGCACUGGAGUACGAGUCCAGAAGGCGGGAUCAUGCGGAGCAGAUGCUGAAGCAGACGCCACCAGCGCCGAGCCUAAGAUCUGCAAACGACUCGUUGACCCAAGACAUUGAGAUUGAACACAGUAGCGGCAGAACAGAUGCUGAAAGGACAAUACAAGAUGGGAGACUCUAUAUGAAAACAUCAACAAUGUACUGACUCAGCUGUGAAGAGUGAGUACAACAUAGAGUAUCCUUUGAAGCAGACUAUAUGAAAACAUCAACGAUGUACUGACUCAGCUUUGAAGAGUGAGUACAGCAUACUGUAUCAUUUAAAGGAUGCUAUCUGAGAACAUCAGCGAUGUACUGACUCAGCUCUGAAGAGUGAGUACAGCGCACAUUUGAAGGAGACUAUUCGAAAACAUCACUGAUGCACUAACUUGGCUUUGAGGAGCAUACAGUAUCAUUCGGAGGAUACUAUCAUGGUCUCUCUGAGAUACUCAUUCGGAGGAUACUCUCAUCAUGGUCAUAGUAGCAUCCCCAGCUGUAUGGAAGGUUGUCUUUGAAAGCCUGGGGCAUCCUGCCAGUGGAUAUAGAGUGAGUGUGCUUUUCCUGUAAAUAGAAGGUCUGUUUUUUGUUUUUUUGUUUUUAAAUCCACCGUAUGCCGUAUGACAAUUUCCUGUUCGGAAGACUAAAACAGUUUGAGAACAUGAGCGAUAUCAGGGCUCAAAUGAUUAGCAGUUUAGAGUUUUACACUGCAUCCUUAUAAGAAAAGGUUUUGGUUUAUCUUUACAUGAAAAAUAUAGCUACUACACCUACUGUACCUACUACACCUACUGUACCUACUACACCUACUGUACCUAUUACACCUACUGUACCUACUAUGCCUACUACACCUACUGUACCUACUACAUCUACUGUACCUACUACACCUACUGUACCUAUUACACCUACUGUACCUACUAUGCCUACUACAUCUACUGUACCUACUACACCUACUGUACCUACUACACCUACUGUACCUAUUACACCUUCUACACCUACUGUACCUACUACACCUAGCAUCAUACAAAACCAUGGAUUUCAUGAAAAACUACUGUCAGUUUUACAGUGCAGUGAUGAAAUGGGCACAACUAGUAGUUCAAUGAUGUAUUUUCUAAAUUAAAAACUCAGAUCAUAUUUUUUUUUUGCUACUGCUGUAUAUAACAGAUGAAAAGUAAUGCUGAGUGUCACAGUUGGUAUGUGUGUAUAGAACUAGAGAACAUUUUUAUGUGUGUAGUACAAUUACUAACGAAAAAAUGUGUAUAUAUUAUGUGAAUAAAUAUAUUUAUUUUCUAUUAUCGUUAUUAUUUUUAUCUUUUUAGAAUAGCUGCCAUUUUGUCAGCAUGCAUGCAGGCAUGUCAAUGUCCACAAAUUAUGAUGAUUUAUCGAUUAUGCUGCAUAAAAAAUAAAUAUAGGACUGAUUUGACCCAACUCAAAAUUCACUUCAUACUCGUCCUAUUGCUUGGAUUGUUCCCUAAGUGUCUUCUGUAUUUUGUUCAAGCUUUUGUUUUAAUAUAAUUUACAAUGAGCAUUUACGACAAAAACAUGAAAUAUUGUUUGCUGUUCUACCGAAAAUCGGACAACAUAUUUCAUCAAAUCUUGAACUGCCAUUAUAGGAAGGCUUUUGCUGAUCAGCAUCAAAUUUCCAGCUUAUUAAUAGUCAGUAUAUGAAUCAGUGUUUUAUUUCACAUAUUUAACCCUUUCACUGCAAAGUUAUAUAUGAUAUAUGAUAAUUUAUCAUAUAUCAAAAAAAUACCCUUAUGCUGUGAAUUGUUUGCCAAAUAUUUGUAUAGUGUGAGAGCCAGCUUAUCAUGUAAGCUGUAUUUACAAGAAUAACAUACCAAAACUUGCCUCAGUAUAAAUCAUACCAUUUUAACUUUUUACAGUAGCUAUACACUGCACAGUUCACUUGUUCCAUGGCCUCUUAUCCAUUAAUCUCCCUUUUUUGUGUUUGCAGUUAAGCAGCAAUAAAACACUUAAUAUUGGUUAAAUAUAGGUACAUUUAGCCAAUUUUAUUCAUAGACAAGGUACUUUUAAAUCUUGUUCAUUUCUGUUAGGUAAAAUGCACCCCUGAAUUUUUUAGCUUGAAAUGGCGGAUAACUGAAACUCUGAUAAUUUAACGUUAUUUAACGUUAUAAAAGCAUUGAAAGGGUUAAGUAAAAAAUCUGCAUGUAACAUUGAAAAUAGCGACAAACUGCUCUUAAAAUUUUAUACGCUCUUGGGUUAAGCAUUUCAAGUAGCUAAGCGUACUAUGUUUAAAGCUGUCCUUUUGGUCAGUGUUAUGUAUGAAAUGAAGUCUCAAAGUCAGUCAGAGCCAUGUUUCAAACAGAAUUUAAUUUCCAGAAAUGCAAGUAAUAUACAAAUACAAUGAAGAUAAAACUUAUGGAUUCAUGACAUUAAACUGUGGGUCAAGAGUAUUAGGGAUAUUGCUAACUAUGUUUAAUUACAAUCAUUAAUUUUGCAGAGUAAUGGCGUACUGUAAUUCCUAAACAUAAUCGUGUGAGAUCUUACAUUUUGUAAGGCACUGGGCAGCUACUUUUAAUUUCAUGAUUAUCAUUGUCAUACAAUUAUUACCAUUAUUUUUUAACCUUAAUUUGUUUUGUAAUUUAAGUGAACUCCAAUGUGACAGUCACACUAUCUAACGAGCCCAAUGUAUUUUUUUAUUUGCAAUAUUUUAUAUAAAUAACUUUAUGCUUAAAAUGUACACAGUUACAGGAUGUAUGAUGGCAUUGCUCUCCUUCUAUUUGUAUUACAGUGCAAGGAUGUCUGUGUGUUUAAAGAAUACUUAAUUUUGUUAUUUCAAUUGUGAGUUUAGUUUAUGUGUUUGUAUGAAUGUGGGAUUUUGAAUGAAUGUGUGCAUGCAUGCAAUUGUUUGCAUGCGUGCAUGUGCUAUAUAAGUUACUGUUACUCCAAAACAAAAUCAGAAAUAAAAAUACUGUGUCAUGUAA